AUGACAACCGACCGGCAGGCAGAGAUCGAUGCCCGGGUAUCCACGGCCGCUCAACUCGAGUAUUGGGGCAAGCAGUCCGCCGACGACAACGGCAUGCUCGGCGGCUACCCCCACCUAUCUCGCGUGGACAUGCAGUUCUCUCGCAAUUUCCUGUCCAAGCUCCAUCGGCUCCAUCCGCUCUCAAGGGACAAAGGACCAACAUCAGACGGCAGCGUCCAUCAAAGAACGGGACAAUAUGCAUUCCGGCAUUGCCUCGAAUCUGGGGCGGGGAUCGGGCGGGUUACGCUCAACUUGCUGGCUUCACUUUGUGAGAAAAUCGAUAUUAUUGAGCCGGUGGAGAAAUUUACCGCCACUCUGACCGCCCCAGGGGCGCCGCUGGUUAAAUCUGGGCAGCUGCAGCGUGUUUAUAACGUGCCUUUGCAGGAGUGGUCAGCCGAGUCAAUUCCUUCCUACAACGCGGCCAACGCGGUGCCUGCAAACCCCAUAUCCGACGCAGAUGGGCGCAAGCCCUCACCUCCACUGGGCGAAGUCACGACUGAACAGGGGGCUCGUUACGAUCUUAUAUGGCACCAAUGGUGUCUUGAUUACCUCUCAUCCCCUGACCUCAUCCGCUACUUUAGGACAUUGGUCCCUCUGCUAGCGCCAGACGGCUGGAUCAUCGUGAAGGAGAAUAUCUCGAAUGCCGCGGACGGGGAAGAUAUGUUCUGGGAGGAGGACAAAAGCGUCACGCACAGCGAUCGCAAUUUUCGGGCGUGUUUUGAGCAGGCUGGCCUGAAGAUUGUGCGAACGAAGCUGCAGACAGGGUUUCCGAAAACGUUGCUGCCCGUGAGGAUGUACGCAUUAAGACCGGCAUCUUGA